GGUGAUGUCAUUCUUUUUCAGCUGGAUUCCCCUCCCUUCUCCUGCCUCUCCUCGCUCCCACUCUUUCCUCAGCUUCCCAUUAGUGGCUGGCUCGUCUCGGUGCAGCAUCCAUCCACGGUAGCUUCUCUCCACGGUUGGGAGGGGGGAGGAGAAGGAAUGCCGGCGUGAGGUGCGAGCGUUAACCUCUGGAUGACUAGAGUUGGGGUGCGGGAGCAGGAUUUAGGGGAUCUGGGCAUGGAGCUGCACGCCAGGGCUCACGCUUGCAUCGCUGGAGCUUUAUAGAGUUGCAAAGAGACGGAGGAAGGAGUUUGACAGAUGCAGUCUGUGCUGGCUGACGAUCCAAGCUUUGUGGAAUUGGAAAAGGAUUGUUUGGACGACUUGAACCCUGGGAUGAAGCUUUUUUUUUUUUCUUUCCAGGCUGCAGAUGCAUGGAGCUAUCCCUCAUUUUGUAAAAGUUUUCACUCCUCUUCAAGGCAGGAGCUUCUUGUUGAAUCUUUAAAAGGACAGAACUGACUUAAUGAGCUCAGUGAUGUAAGUUUAAACUUAAAAGCUCAGCUUGACUUCCAUGUCAAGUUUUUUUCCCCUCGUCCUUUCAGCAUCUUUUUCUCAUUUUACCCAUGCGUACUCUCCAGACUUUCGCGCUUAAGUAGACGCCAAAGAGGGUUUGCAUUCGAACGACUCUGUCUUCACUUGAAGCCUCCUUCCAUGGUGACAUCGCGCUGCCAUCCUAAUUAAUCAGGACUCCGGGUUUCAAACAGCCUCUGGACAGGUCCGCUGCAGAAGCAGAGAGAGAGUGGCGUCAGCCGUUCCCCUCUUCUCUUAUUUAUUUCUUUUUUUCGUCCUUUCGCCGAACGAGAGGGAAACUUCCCCCUCGCUGGCUCCCUCCCUCCCGUGGAAAUGGCUUUCCUGGUCCGUUGCUAUGCCAACUGCUUGCAGCCGUGGUCCUCCAAACUACCUGCCGAUCUCAACAAGAUGCACCUGACGGACCACGCCCACCAGCAGGUGAUGCACAUGGCUCCCAGCCAAUCAGGGUGCAGCAUAACCAGCGAUUCGGGGAGUAGCAGCUUGUCGGACAUUUACCAGGCCACAGAGAGCGACUUGGGAGAUGUUGACCUGUCUGGACUCCCAGAGGCUCCAGUGGACAGCGAGGAAGAAGAGGAGGAAGAUGAGGACCUGGAGAGAGCGUCAGACGCUCUUCUGGGCCGCGACCUGGUCCGCGAGUGUCUGGAGAAGGAUCCAGCCGACCGCAACGAUGACGACAUUGAACAACUGCUGGAGUUCAUGCACCAGCUGCCUGCGUUCGCCAACAUGACCAUGUCUGUACGGCGAGACCUGUGCAGCGUCAUGGUGUUUGAGGUGGUGGAGCAGUCUGGCACCGUCAUCCUGCACAACAAACAAGAGCUCGACCACUGGUAUGUGAUCCUGAAUGGCGCUGUGGAGAUCAGCCAUCCAGAAAGCAGAACCGAGACUCUUUGCAUGGGGAACAGUUUUGGCAUCUCGCCCUCGCUGGAUAAACAAUACAUGAACGGAGAGGUCCGCACCAAAGGCGACGACUGCCAGUUCGUCUGCAUCGCCCAGGAGGACUACUGGCGCAUCCUCAACCAUGUGGAGAAGAACACGCACAAAGUCGAGGAGGAGGGGGAGAUCGUGAUGGUGAAGGAGCACCGCGAGCUGGACCGCAGCGGCACCAGAAAGGGACACAUCGUCAUCAAGGGAACUCCAGAGCGUCUGAUCAUGCACCUGGUGGAAGAGCCAUCAGUGGUGGACCCCACCUACAUCGAGGACUUCCUGCUGACCUACAGGACCUUCCUCUCUAGUCCCAUGGAUGUCGGCAAGAAACUGCUGGAGUGGUUCCAGGUGGACAGCUUGCGGGACACGGUAACAAGAAUAGUGCUGCUGUGGGUCAACAACCACUUUAAUGACUUUGAGGGUGAUGCUGCCAUGACGCGCUUCCUGGAGGAAUUUGAGAAACAUCUAGAAGCGUCGAAAAUGAAGGGCCACCUGAGGUUGCUGAACAUUGCAUGCGCGGCCAAGGCGAAGUGGAGACAGAUCACUCUGCAGAAGGCGUCCAGGGAGUCGCAGCUUUAUUUCAGCGUGCAAGGAGGCAGCGAGAGGGGAUUCGGCGUCUUUGUCGAGUCGGUGGAAGAAGGAAGCAAGGCGGCAGAGGCCGGGCUCAAGCGGGGGGAUCAGAUCAUGGAGGUUAAUGGUCAAAACUUUGAGAAUAUUGCCUUAUCCAAAGCAGUGGACAUCCUGAGAAAUAACACACACCUCUCCCUCACUGUUAAAACCAACAUCUUUGUGUUCAAAGAGCUCCUCAGCAGGAUGAUGCACGAGAAGAAGAACGGCGGCCCCCACAUUCCUAAGAUCCAGGAGAAAAAAGGCAACCGCUUCUCCAUCGCCGACCUUCCCGGAGACAUCGAGUUCCCCACGGACAGCAAAAGCACCCGGAAGAUGAAAGCUAACACCGUGUCAGGGGGGCGAAACAAGAUCAGGAAGAUGCUAGAGAAGACGCGCUUCAGUAUACUGCCACCCAAACCAUUCAGGGGCCUGUUUGGCGAUGGCGGCCUGGGUCAGUCUCAGGACGACAGCAUCGUGGGCACCAAACAGUGUCGACACAGCGUGGCCAUCAUGCCCAUACCUGGCAACCUGUCGUCAAGCAGCCCCGACCUCCUGCAGCCGGCAAACAGCGUACUCGACUUCUCCAACCCCGCUGCUAUUGGACUGUACUACAUCCCAGACCAGGUUAUCCGGGUGUUCAAGGCGGACCAGCAGAGCUGCUACAUCAUCAUCAGCAAGGACACUACAGCCAAGGACGUCGUCACCCACACCGUCAACGAGUUUGGCCUCCUGGCAGCGCCUGAAACCUACUCCCUCUGCGAGGUGUCCGUCAGCCCAGAGGGAGUCAUCAAGCAGCGGCGGCUGCCCGACCAGCUCUCCAAGCUGGCUGAUCGGAUUCAGCUGAACGGCAGAUACUACCUGAAGAACAACAUGGAGACGGAGACGUUGUGUUCGGAUGAAGACGCCCAGGAUCUCCUCAGGGAGAGUCAGAUCUCUCUGCUGCAGCUCAGCACCAUGGAGGUCGCGGCCCAGCUUUCAAUGAGGGACUUUGAACUCUUCAGGAACAUCGAGUCCACGGAGUAUGUGGAGGACUUGUUCAAGCUGGACUCCUCUGCUGGAUGUACAAAUCUGAAACAGUUUGAGGAAGUGAUAAACCAGGAGACCUUCUGGGUGGCUACAGAGAUCCUGAAGGAGCCAAACACCAUGAAGAGGAUGAAGACCAUCAAGCAUUUCGUCAAGAUCGCACUGCACUGCAGGGAGUGCAAGAACUUUAACUCCAUGUUUGCCAUCAUCAGCGGCCUUAACUUGGCACCGGUGAAUCGACUGCGGAGCUCGUGGGAGAAAUUGCCCAGCAAGUACGAGAAGCUCUUCGAGGACCUGCAGGACGUCUUCGACCCGUCCAGGAACAUGGCCAAGUACCGGAACGUGCUGAGCAGCCAGAGCAUGCAGCCGCCCAUCAUCCCGCUGUUUCCUGUGAUCAAGAAGGACCUCACCUUCCUGCAUGAAGGCAACGACUCCAGUGUUGACGGCCUGGUGAACUUUGAGAAGCUGAGGAUGAUCGCCAAGGAGAUCAGGCACGUGGUGCGGAUGACCUCGGCCAACAUGGACCCCGCCCUCAUGUUCAGACAGAGGAAGAAGAGGUGGAAGAGUUUAGGGUCUUUGAGUCAAGGCAGCACCAACUCCAACAUCCUUGACGUGCAGGGAGGAGCCCAUAAGAAGCGAGUGCGCCGCAGCUCGCUGCUUAAUGCUAAGAAGCUGUACGAAGACGCUCAGAUGGCCAGGAAGGUGAAACAGUACCUUUCUAACCUCACGGUGGAGACGGAUGAGGAUAAACACCAAAUCACGUCCCUGCAGUGCGAGCCGUCUUACAACACCUUGAGCAAAAACCUGAGUGACAGGCGGUCCAACAAGGCGGACAUGUCUCCGGUGUCCCUCAGGGCAACCCUGCCCUCGGGCAAAACUCAGAACAGGGUGUCACAAGUCCUCCAGGUUCAGGUGCCGCUGAACCCCCUGCGGAAGAAGAGCACCGCCAAGGAUGUCGGCACGCCCAACUCCAGUUCUCCCCAGGUGGCGAAGAAACCUACGACGAACUCGUCGGAUGAGUGGAGCGCCAAGAGACCGUCUGAUGACACGGUUUCCACCGUCUCAUCCCUUCACUCCAGUCCCACGGUGUCGCCUCAGGGCUCCCCACGCAAAGUGGGAGGCGUGGCCAAAUCGCAGAACAGCAGCCAGAUGAACUUAUCGGGGUCGUCGUCGUCACUGACCAGUGACACCAGCACAAAGACGGGCACAAUUAGUCUGCGCAGCUACGGCAUAGGUUGUCCCGUCCUCCCUGCCGGCAAAUCGGACAACCUGUCGGACUCCAGCCACAGCGAGAUCUCCUCCCGCUCCAGUAUCUGCUCCGUGGACUCGGCGCAGGCCUCCGGGCCCGACGACCGCUGUAACCGGACCUGCUCCAGCGGUACUGCUGCUCCUGCCUCGAUGGCGCCCAACGCCACCGCUGCUACGGCUGCUGUGGUCGCUGAGGGCACGGCGGCGUUAAACGCACACUUAACUGCUGAUUACAGCCAGCCCAGCACAAGUUCUUCAGUUCUGGCUCGAGGCUAUGCGCCGCGACCGUUCAGCUCGUCUCUCUCCACGGAGGAGCUGACCCCGGACCACGCCGCCCUGGACCCGGUGGUCGACAGCGGCCGCGGCAGCUGGACGUCCUGCUCCUCCAACUCCCACGAAUCCUUCCAGAUACUCCCCGCCUCCUCCUGCCGGCCCUGGGACCACGGCAUCCACGGCCACCCCCUCUCUCUGCCGCACACGCACUUGGGCGGGUUCAAGCACACGGCGUCGGUCCGGUCCGCGGCGGAGGCGGAGGCCGGCAGGCCGUCGUGGGCCGGCGACGUCCCCGCCGGCCGGCACGCCAGAGACUCCAGCUCAGAUCUGAGCGGCCAGCUGCGGGAGAGCUGGACGUCUUCGGGCUCCCUGUCCGAUAACUACGAGGGCAAUUACGGAACGAUAAAGCGGCGAAACACCUCGGAGCAUCCUUCCUCGCCGGCCAACGAGGAAGGAGGGCAAAGCACAGACGCCGCCUACAAAACGGUGACAUCAAGCACAGAGAAGGGCCUGAUAGUGUACUGUGUCACCUCCCCCACUAAGGAUGAGCGUUACCGAGCUCCCCCUCCCACCCCUCCAGGCUACCAGGGUCUGGCUCUGGGCGAUCUCGGGCUCUCAGACGGAGUAGUCAGCGGGCCGGGGUCUCCCGCCCCCCGACCUCCUCACCUCAGACCUCCAGACUACAGCGUGGCCCUGCAGAGGAGCAAGCUCCUGCAGAGCCCCGGAGCGGCCAGCGGUCUGGCUGAGGUGCGGAGGCUUCACCUCCAGCACCACGAUGCCCGGACCGCCAGCCCCACACACGGCCACUCCAGACCGCCCAGCAUCUGCCGCCCAUCGAAGGACCUGGCUGAUAGUGAGGAUGAUGAACAAGUGUCGGCGGUGUAACGUUACGUCCUCACAACGCGGAUCACGUGACCAUGUUGACCAGACGUAGGACUGAACUUUCAGCCUGUGGUCAUCAUCGUCAGCGCACAUUUCCCCACUCCGCCCACCAUCCAGUGGGUCAAUGUGGGGGUCUCCCGCCGCCUGUCGGGACUCAGACUUUUAUGGACCCGCUUCAAAAACCAGAGAUUUUUAGAGACUUCUUUUUUUUUUUUUUUUAAAUGAGAACUUCUGAACAAAGCUGAAAAAGGGUGGCGUGAUGGGAUCCCAUCGCAGGAGACGGACUUUUAAAAGAGAAGGAAAGCGUGACGAUAUUUAUGCCUCGCUGGAAAAACAGACCACCACGUACCUCCAUUCGCUCUCCAGGCUCACUCAUCUGCAGAUGUUUUCUAUUGUUCUUACAGUUCUUUUACUUUCACUCACUUGUUUGAGUUUUUGCCUUUGUGUUAAAUUUCUGAGCUUGCAAAUGUGAACUGCUUGAAAUAUUUUUUUUUUAAAUCAACUUUAAAGGAAGAUUGAAUGUAAAUGAAGAUCCGCCGUGGGGGGAAAAAAAACAUAGAUUUUGAGAUUUUUAAGUGUUCUUCUCUAAUAGUUGAUCUCCAAAAGGCACUGAUAAAUUUCUGAGCUCUGUGUGAUAUUUUUCAGGUGGUGCAAAAAAAAAAAAAAAAAAAAAGACACUCGAUCCCAACCCAAAUCUGCUGAAAACACACGCGUCUGUGUUUAGCACUUACUGCCCUUUUGCUUCGCUUGACAAAAAAAA